AUGAUUGAAGAAGUGUUAGCUCAGAAACAAUCCAAAGACGAGAGACAACAAAUAUUGACGAUGAAAAAGUCAAUGGAUUCACCAUUGGUUGACAAGAUAAAACAUUUCCGCCCUCCUUUAAACUUCGUCCAGCCUCAGUUCAAAGAGUUUUUUGAUGGAAAGAAUGACGAUCCGGUUGAGCAUGUCCAACAUUUCCAAGCUUCUAUGAGUUUCUGGAGGUAUAAUGAUGAACUACUCUGCAGAACCUUCCCGAUAACCUUGACUGGUAAAGCUUUAACCUGGUUUUCACAAUUAGAGUCAAAUUUAAUAGCAAACUUUGGAAUAUUAUCGGAUGCAUUUUUUGAACAAUAUAAAAUUAAUCUCGGGAGCAGAAAGGGAAGCAGCCACUUGUUUUUCUUGCAACAGGAGACAUGUGAAAAUCUCUUAGACUUCACACGAAGAGUCGGAACACUCAAGGAGUUGUACAACAGGGCAGAAAGAUACGGACGUGCUGAGAAAGAAAAAAAGGCCAAGAUGUCACGAGCAUCGAAAGGGUCCAGAACCGAAGGGAAUGCCAAACCAAAGCAACAAUUCGAGGGUGAUUCUAAAAAGAAAAAUCAAGAUGAAUCCAGAAGUAGAUCUGGAAAUGGAGAGGACGCCCGAAGAAAUCAAGGAAGAGAAAAGGUGAAGUUUUCCAGUCUAAACAUUGGACUUGGAGAACUUUUCAAAAAGAUCAAAGACUCGCUUCCAGCUCCAAAGCCGUUGCCGGUUGAAACAAAAGAUAAGAGAGACAAUAAUAAGUAUUGUGGUCAUCAUCAAGAUCAUGGACAUAACACAGACUCUUGUCGUACACUUGCGGUUGAAGUCCAAAAAAUGAUUGAAGACGGGAAGCUGCAGCAAUAUGUGAAGAAGAAUCUAGCACGGGUCAACGCUCUGGAUCUACGAGAGAUCAGAGUAAGACAUGCAAGAGUUAAUUCAGCUUCAAGAAAGGCACAUGAAAAAGCGACCCGUCUGAAGUUGCGUCACAUCCAUGACUGGCGAAUAUCGAACAAAGUUGAUUACGCCAAUCUAAUCGGUACUGAAACUCUAGAAGAAGGGAAAAAUGAGAUAUCUUUUUCGAACGCAGAUCUUGUUGGAGUUUAUCAGCCACAUAACGAUGCAACUGUAAUCUUAGCUCUCAUUGGAAUGUACAAGGUACGUCGAGUUCUAGUCGAUACUGGAAGUUCAAUUAGUGUCAUAUUCUCCGGAGCGUACUCCUCAAUGAACUUUAAUGAGGGUCAAGUUGAAGAUGAAGAUAAUCCGAUCAUCGGAUUCAGCGGUGAGACAUUGACAACAAUUAGAAGAGUAAGUUUGCUUACGAUUGUGGGAGGAAGAACAGUUAUGCAGUACUUCUCAUUACUAGAUUGUCGCGCACAUUAUAAUGCCAUUUUAGGACGUGAUUGGAUUCAUGCAAUGGAAGCAGUAACUUCCACUAUUCAUCAAUGUUUGAAAUUCAUUACUUCAGUAGGGGUGAUGAAGGUUAGGAGCGAUCAGGUGGCAUCUCAUAAAUGUCAUGAAAGCGCAAUGGAGGAGUAUAGAAAGUCUGAAUUAAAAGGUUCAGAAAUACUCCAAGUUGAGAAGAAAGCAUAG